CUUUUCACCUAUCACCAGUCUUGACCACUUAACCUGAGGCAAAUGCAGCAAAGAAUUCAUACUUUCCCUUACUAUCCUUCUGCUCAAAGGAUAGUAACUCAGUUCCCUGUUUGACAACCUUUCUGAAACACUACACCUGAAUUUGGGUUUCAAAAACAAAUUGCUACCUAACAUGACAUGUGAGGCAAUAAUAGGAUUUUGAAUCGGGAAAACCUCACUUUCUUUUCAGUAAGACCUCCAAAGGGCAUCUGGCAAAUUCCAUGAAGCAGACUGAGUCAAUCUUUGAAUAGUGUGCACUCGCUCUUCAUUUCGUGCAACAUGAAGCAUCAUCAGCAUCAGCUUGGCUGGGAACUUCAGAAUGGGAAGAACAACUGGCUCAAAGACAUACCAAGAAAAGUCCUUUCAGCGAUACUGAUCCUGCUCCUUCUGGCGGUCAUCCCCCUGUUCUUCUCUGCUCGUGUUCCUCUUGUUCUUUGGGGCGGUCUGAGAGACGACUCGGUCAGUUUGCACUGCGACAUCUUCAAAGGGGAAUGGGUUCCUGACCCCAAGGCACCUUACUACACAAACACCAGCUGCUGGGCUAUCCAUGAUCACCAGAACUGCAUGAAGUAUGGGCGCCCUGAUUCUGCGUACCUCAAGUGGAAGUGGAAGCCGGACGAUUGCCGACUCCCGGCGUUCGACCCCGCCCGGUUCUUCGAUUUAAUGCGGGGGAAGUCACUGGCCUUUGUUGGGGACUCUGUUGGGAGGAACCAUAUGCAGUCCUUGAUCUGCAUGCUGUCAAGGGUGGAGUACCCAGAGGAUGCAUCCAAAGGUGGGGAUGAAAAAUACAGGAGAUGGUACUACACCAGCUACGACUUCACCAUCCAAGCAAUGUGGUCGGAGUUCCUUGUCAAGGGCAAACAGACAGACCAACAUGGUCCAACAAACACCGGCCUCUUUUCCCUCUACCUGGACGAGCCCGACGAGCAAUGGGUCAGCAAACUACAAGGGUUCGACUACGUGAUCGUCUCGGUUGGCCACUGGUUCCUGAGACCCCUGCUCUACUACGAGCGCGGCGAGCUCGUCGGCUGCCAGUUCUGUCCGGGCGCGAACAUGACGGACCUGGGCAAGGAGUAUGGGUACAGGAGAGCAUUCAGAACAGCAUUCAGAGCCAUCAAUGGGCUGCAAAACUUCAAGGGCAUUACAUACUUGAGGACAUUUGCUCCUUCCCAUUUUGAAAAUGGGCAGUGGAAUAAAGGGGGGCAUUGCCUAAGAGGAAAGCCUUUCAAGAGCAAUGAGACCUCGCUGGGAGGCAUUGACAUGGAAUUUUACAGGGCGCAGUUGGAAGAGUUCAGGGAAGCAGAGAAGGAAGGGAAGAAGAGGGGCCUGAAAUUCAGGUUGCUUGACAUCACUAGGGCGAUGUUGAUGAGGCCGGACGGGCACCCGGGGAUAUAUGGGCACAGGCGAGAGGAAAAUGUGACGCUUUAUAAUGACUGCGUCCACUGGUGCCUCCCUGGUCCUAUUGAUGCUUGGAGUGACUUCUUCUUGCAGAUGUUGAAGAUGGAGAAAUCGUAUUCUUCAUCAUAGGAGAUCAGUGACUUUGACUCUAAAUUCUAAUCCUCGGUUAUGGACCAAACACGUCUGUGUUCAGUUUACCUCAUUUUCAUUUUAUAUAUGUAAAAUAACUCUUUACCUAUGAUAAAAAGAAAAUAUUGAGAAGUA